AUGAAUAACAAUUAAUUCUAAACCAGAUAAUGGGAAUAACAAUACGCCAAACACAAAAGGUCUGUAGAGCAAAUUGAACACAGAAAUUACAAAUUCCCCGAUCAGGUUGAAGAAAUUAUAUAAAGAUGUAAAAAUAUAACUUCCUAAUCAAGAAAAGGACGCAAACAAAAAGAAGUGCUCUCCAGAAUCACAGCCUCCAACCUCAUACUCUCUAAGAAGCUUCAAGAAAUAGAAAAGAGAAGGCAAGUCAAAUUCAUGUAAUAUCAACUAUUCAAUUUAAGUGAUGCUCCAGUACGCUUGUCUACUAAAUCUCUUAGAGAAGAAAACUAUAAUAAAAUCAAAGUUGAAAAUCAUAAGCAAUUUGAAAGAAUUACCCAAGUUAAAGGCACACUACAAACUUAAUGA